CAUCUUUAACAAAAGUUUUCUGAAAAUAAUAAGAAGUCUGCUUGCUUUGAUCCGACAAGAAAACACCCAAAUUAAAAAACCCUGAAAAUAAUUGGGUAGGUGGAUCCUUCACCGUACGAUUCAAUUAAUCCACAUGUCAAUUGAUUAUCUUAUCAAUUUCUGAAUCAUAAGGCGCAGAAGCAGCUCCCAUACGGUUUUAGGCUUGAAGUACUCUACUAGAUAUUGCUUGCUGGCCAACGUCUCCUCUCUCUCUCCAGAUAAAUAUAAGAUCGGCGGAUUUUAAUAAGAAAUAAAAAAAAAAAAAAGGGAGAGAGAGAUCGAAAUUAGCAGAAGAUGAAGAUUUUCAUUAAAACUCUCAAGGGCACUCACUUCGAUAUCGAAGUCAAACCCGAUGAUGCGGUUGCUGAUGUAAAAAAGAACAUAGAAACUGUUCAAGGUGCCGAUGUUUACCCUGCUGCACAACAAAUGCUUAUCCAUAAGGGGAAAGUUCUUAAAGAUGACACAACACUGGCUGAGAACUGUGUCACUGAAAAUAGCUUUAUUGUCAUCAUGUUGACAAAGAAUAAGAGUUCAUCUGGUGAGGCUGCAACUGCUUCAAUGGCUUCUAUCACUAAAGCUCCCCAAGCAAGUGCACCACCACCAGCUCCAACACCAGCUUCUGAUGCACCUGUUGCUACUUCAGCUACGGCUGCACCUGUCACUGAAUCUACUCCUGUUGCUUCAAGUACUACUGCGUUGGAAUCUGAUGUCUAUGGCCAAGCAGCAUCUAAUCUGGUCGCAGGAAGUAACUUAGAGGGUGCAAUCCAACAAAUUCUUGAUAUGGGUGGAGGGACCUGGGAUAGGGAUACUGUUGUCCGUGCCCUUCGUGCUGCUUAUAAUAACCCAGAGAGAGCUGUUGAAUAUUUGUAUUCUGGUAUCCCUGAGCAAGCUGAAGCUCCACCCAUUGCUCGUGUCCCUGUAGUUGGGCAAACCACUAACCCUCCAGCACAGCCCCAACAGCCUGCACAAGCGGCAGCUGUUCCUACAAGUGGACCCAAUGCUAAUCCAUUAGAUCUCUUUCCCCAGGGCCUUCCCAACGUGGGUGCAGGUGGUGCUGGGGCAGGCAAUCUUGAUUUUUUACGUAACAGUCCACAGUUCCAAGCUUUGCGGGCAAUGGUUCAGGCCAACCCACAAAUAUUGCAGCCUAUGCUUCAAGAGUUGGGGAAACAGAACCCUCAUUUAAUGAGACUUAUUCAAGAGCAUCAGGCUGACUUUCUUCGCCUGAUCAAUGAACCUGCUGAAGGUGGAGAGGGGAAUAUAUUGGGGCAAUUAGCUGAGGCAAUGCCACAAGCUGUACAAGUCACGCCUGAGGAACAUCAAGCCAUAGAACGGCUGGAAGCAAUGGGUUUUGAUCGAGCAACUGUGCUUCAAGUGUUCUUUGCCUGCAACAAGAAUGAGGAACUGGCAGCUAAUUACCUUUUAGAUCAUAUGCAUGAUUUUGAGGAUUGAUUUGGUAAAAGAAAAUGGUCAAGGGAAGUAAAUCUGUUUUUGUUUGUCUUUUGUCAUUCAAUUGCCUCCUCCCCCAACUCUACUGACUUUUAUUUCUUAAUCAAGUGAUGUGAAGUGUUUGGUGCGGACACAAGGGAUGUCAAGAUGUAACUUUCUUCCUUUUCAAGGACCAGUAUAACGACAUAUACGCAAGUGUCUUCCUAA